CGACCUUCAAGGGACUCCCCAGUAGGACCGUAUGCAGGGUUCGAAAACCGGUGAGCGGUUCGUUGUGGGGUAGACGUCUUCUAGACGGUGAUGGGUGCAGUCCACCAAGUACUCCAUACCAACCAUACAGUAAGUCCGCCAUGUCACACCAGGGGUCUGGCUCGCCUGCCCGCGCAGCCGGAGCUGUUGGCUGCGACGGACUGCAGCCUCCAUCCGGGGCAUCCACGGCCCCUUGAAAUGCCAAAUCUCAAUCCUCAUGUCAUGGCUUCAUUUUGUGCUCACCAACAGCCAAGACCGCAGUCGCACCCGGCACUUCUGCUGCGCAAUGGCCGCCACAGCAGUAACUAGGGGAGCACGUCAACGAUGACCCCUCUCACACCUUACAUCCCACGCCGGACCAGGUUGGCAUCGUGACAGAGCGUGGGGUUUCCCGGUCACACACGUGGAAUUGGCG